AUGCCACGUGGAGGGAGUUGUCUGACAACGAAUGGCAACCUGAAAGGGAACGAGAACUCGGAAGGACCAACCCGAACCAGCGUACGAGGUUAUUUGCUUCACGAGUUCACGCCUUCAGGCCGAAGCAAGAAGAAUGCAGUCUACAGCGUCACCGAGGAGCGAGUCGGAAGCGAGGACAACAUCCUCGACGACAAAGAAGAUCUGAAGGGCAUCAUGCGCACAAGAGAAGUGACAGUCCAACACACAGAGAAGGCAGACCAGACAUAA